AUGGAUGCGAUGCCAGAUAAGGGAAACGGCGAUGUUGGCGAAAGAUUCCUGUUUAGCUCCGAAUCUGUCGGAGAGGGACACCCAGGUAAUAAGAUAACCCUUGUAACCACACAUUUUCAGACAAAAUUUGUGACCAGGUUAGCGAUGCUAUCCUCGAUGAAUUUUUAAGCAUGGAUCCUGACGCAAAAGUUGCCUGUGGUAAGCUUUUUAUUUUGUGAUAUUACCUGGAGCACUGUAGAAUCCUUCACUAAAACUGGAAUGAUCUUAAUCGGCGGGGAAAUAUCGUCGAACGCAACUAUUGAUUUUCAGGCGGUUGUUCGCCGCGUUGUCAAGCAAAUAGGAUACGAUGAUUCGCGCAAAGGUUUUGAUUACAAAACCUGCAACGUUCUCACAGCCAUUGAACAACAAAGUGCUGACAUUGCACAGUGUGUACACGAAGGACGAACGAUGGAGGAACUCGGAGCAGGUGAUCAGGUAUCUUGACAAUGUUUCAUUCGUCCCACUGCCACUGGUUUAUGCAUCAACUGGUUUGCCCAUAACCUAGACCUUUUGACCGGAGUUUCCUUUUAUUGAUACAGCAGCGGCCGUAAACGAAGUCUUCACCCGAUCAGUUUCUAGUGAAACUCGAGUUUUUUACUCGUAAUUUUUUCGUAACUCACCCAUUAGCUCACAGUUUUCGAUUUUUCUCUAGGACCUUAGAACCCACUUGUAAUUGAUUGGACGUAGCUGGAGCGCCUUUUUGGGCUCCUCCCCACUCACUGUGCCUAUUAGCUAUUUUAUUAGGUAUGACUAGGUAUUGCCUCGAAUGGUCCGCUACGAACUAACUAUUCGCGAACAGCACUUGUAUUCUGUUCCGGUCGUAUUUCCACAUUUUGAAAGAAGUGGAUCAGUUUUGUGAAGAAGGGUGUCGUUGUCUUUGUUUUUUUUGCCUGACUAUCAUUUUCCCCCUCAUUUAACUUUUAUCACCUCUAAAAAGAGAAGGGAAAAUUCUAUUUCUGUUCGCGGGCCCGUUGUUCUCUGCGAUAAUUUGUAGUUUGUUACAACGUAUGUCAUCCACGGCGGUUAUGAUCAGACGAGCUAGCUCUCAAAUGACUUGUUCCUCAGUUUGGUAGCUAGGGGCGUACACGAACGUUUCAGCCAACGGGAUAUAUUUUUUAUAUGAUACUAGAUGCCCUUAGGACCAUUUUUCAUUGCUUGUUAUUCAGUCAUUGGCUACUUUUCUUGGCAUCCUGACAUGUGAUUCUACAGUGUUUGUCCCUGUUCAGCGUCUCUUGUAGACAAUGAACUCCUUAGUCUACGUUCACCGAGCAAAGGUCUCUAGAUCGUGGAGCAUAAUAAUCUUCGCUGUCUGCUAUCGGGAACUAAUGCUACUGACCUGUUUUUUUCACUUUAGGGUCUCAUGUUUGGCUACGCCACCGACGAAACCGAAGAAUGCAUGCCUCUUACCCUUGUGUUGGCACAUGCCCUCAAUCAAAGGCUCGCUCUGUGUCGGCGUGAUGGGACCCUGCCCUGGGCACGUCCGGAUUCAAAGACGCAGGUAAUUACACUGCUACUUUUUGCCAGCUAGUAGCUCUUGAUUGUGACGUCAUGAUUGUUUGCUUUUCUCAUGCGUAGUCAUUGUCCGCUAAAUGAAUUUACAAACGUUGAGCGAGUUACUUGUUUUGCAAACGCCAUAAACAAAGUAAAAUCCGAAACUCCCAACAGGUUUAUCUUUAAAUUAUGAACUUUCGCCAAGUGAAAAAGUUGGGUUGUUUAUUGUGGUCUUGGGGGAGGGGGGGGGGGGAUGACAAGAAACGAUAAGUCGUAAACCCUGAACGGAGAAAAUCAUACCAGGGUCAACACUGAGCCAAAAGCUGUGUGGCUUGUUUACUCUAGAGUGAGUCUUCCAGUAUCCAUGUAGGUAAUGCUUCCUGUUAAGCUUGCCAACACUAAUCAGAUUCUCGACAAACCGGUAGAUAUUUCUGUGGACAUGAAGCACGUGGCCUCGAAUAGCAGUAGAAUUUUGGUACUUGACCUGCGACUCAACAGGUUGUACUGCUUGUUGAAAAGUAGGCUAGAGGUAGAAAAAAGUUGACCGCAAACUUACAUUGGGGUAUCCGGCAAGACUGCGUACGGGAAUGAGACGAUUUUCAGCAUUUUGAUGAGGGCCCAACUCACUGUAUCAAACUCCAGUCUGAUCACUGCUGAGAACAGCACAGGUCGUUCUCGCUUUUCGAUCGACGACGCGGAUGCAUCUGUCACCAUAAACUAGUUCACGCGCAAGUCACCGCCCCUGCGCUCACCCUGCCGUAGGGCACACAGUAGGCAUCCUCGGUUACAACGAUUUAACUGUCAUAGACAUGGAGCCUACCUUCUAUCCAGCUGCCAAGGUCACCUUGCCACCACAGAGCUGGUGUACCCUGAAGCCCUGUUUCCGUCAGGACUUCGCUAUUCUUCAGACCAUAAGCUUGCAGUCUCUGUCUCGGCGUGUUGUAUUACCGUUCCCACUUUCUAACAUAAUAUACGGGAGACUUAGAGCGGCCUAUAUGCCAAGUAAAUAGCUAAUGACAUUGAUCUUUUGACCAGUGAUGGCACGAACGUCUAUUUGAUCCUCAGCGGCUAUGCAAUCUUCACCAAAUACUGCGGAACGAGUCCGGUGCCCUCGGUAUAAAUUGGUUGACAAUCCUACAUGUCGCGUAAUUUCCAGUGGCGUGCAGGUAAUUUGCAUAAAAGUUAAAAGGUUUCGAACUCAUGAUGAGCAUAAAAAGUCACCUCAAGUCGUGCCAGCCUCUGUCAAACCUUUCACCCACGGGACGGCAGCCUGUCGGUGACGAAUCUAUAGUCCCUUCCGCCAUUUCGAUGGUUAGGAACGUUAGAAGGUCCGUUCCUUAUAGCCAAGCUUGUGGUCUUGGAUGCCCCAUGAACGCUGUACGCGCACACUACCAGGACUGCGUCAUGGAGGCAGGUUUGGCGAUCACCUGGUAGCCGCAAACAACAACAAACCAUAUUCGUCUAACUCGGAACAGGCUCAGUGUCAGGCAGACGAUUUAACAUCUGAUUGCACUGACGACUGCUGACGUAGGGGCCUUCUAGUGUAGGGCUCAGGGGAUCUCCGUCAGUGUUGCUCUUGCACCGCUAACAUCACUUGCUCCCAUGUUCCCUACUGUGCUUUUCAUAUUAUGGGCGACAAGCAUGCAAAUGACAAACGUUUGCUCAGGCCUACCUUCUAACUUUGCCUGACUUUUAUAAAACCUCUAGGUGACGGUGGAAUACUUGAAGGAUAACGGUGCCUGCAAGCCUCUGCGGGUCCACACGGUGGUUGUGUCGAUCCAACAUGAUCAGUACGUCUCCAUUGAGAGGCUCCGUUCCGAGGUCAUGGAAUGCGUCGUCCGUCAGGUGAUCCCGAGCUACCUCAUUGACAAGGACACCAUAUUUCACAUCAACCCUUCCGGCCGUUUCGUCAUCGGUGGUCCACAGAGCGACGCGGGUCUCACCGGUAAACAGUUCCUACCCGCUUUUCUCAUCGUUGCCAUAAUCUCGAAUGCGUUUGCCUAUUAUCCAUCUUACUUCCUCAGCCAACGAAUAAGCUUACGUGAUUUUUUAAGCAAGAUGUAACCUCACGUGUGAGUUAACGUGUGACGGUCCAAAGGUGCUUUUUUGGUAUUUUUAUGGUGAGGGACUAAACGCCCUAACCGGAGUGAAUGGACGUCGCUCUUUCCUUUCCCUUUGCCCUAGCCAGACCCACUGAGAACGGGAUUUGGCGCGGUUGUUGACAGGACAUCUCUGGCCACACAGGGGUAUGGAUCUAACAGAAGUGAAAGAUCCCGGUGCAUAUUACAGCCUGACUCUUGUUAUAUCGUCAGUUGGCGGGCUUCGAAGCCACUACGCCAUGCCAGGUCCAAACACAUCCGGUUUAUUAUUAGCGAGGAAUUCGUUGAAUUACCACGAGGAGGGGCACGUCAGUGGCGAACUCACACUAUCCGCCCCGCGCACCAACCCAGUGCUAGAAACCUUUGGUCGACUGAGCGCAGUGGCUGAUGUGACACGAAACCUCCGUCUUCUUGCCAGCCACACACGUCUGCGCAUGCACAAUGCGGCUCGGCGGAAGCUUGCCACGAGAAUGUACUGCCCAUUUUUGUCCAGUGUAAGGAUAGAAAUGCUCGUUCUGGGGGGAACAGUCAAAACUACGCGGGCAUUGUGUGGGCAACCAUGCCGACAUCACAGAUACUGAACAAAAGCCGAUUUUCUGCCGCCGUGUGAUGCAGCUGCGCUGGGCUCGGUUCAUCAUAGGGGGUCCCCCGGCGUAUCCUAGUGUAUGCCCUUGUGUAUCCUAGUUUUGGGAAUUUCGGAUUUUUAAUCUCCUCGGAAAUUAAUGCGUUGCUCUGGGACAAACCUUUUCAUGCCUGGGUCGGAAGUUAAUAUGAAUAUUCGAGCCGAAAUUUCCAUCAGCUACAGCGGACUAACCACGUAGUAUUCAUAAGUUGCCAACAGGCAGUCUGUGUAGUACGCAAACAUUGCAUGAUUUACCAGCAUAGGUACUAGCUAAAAGCCAGACUUGUGUUUUGCCGAUUUUCCGCUGAUUUAUGAGGCUCGACUCACCAAUGGGUCGUUCCCUUGGCGUCUCCCGUGUACUUUCCAGUGUGUAUACGGUCAGUGACCGAUCUCACGAAACGUUUACUGAAGUUCCGCAAUGCCUUUUUGACUAGGAGAGAUUUCCUAAGUGGAGUUGUAGUAUUGAUUAUCUUGGGGCAUAAUCCUGUGAUAUUUCUGACCCUCCAAGAUGCUAGCUUUUGAAUGCACUUCAUUUUGAACUCCUGCAGAAACCGCACUCUGUAAAAAAUAACUACUUAAGUAGCAUGUAUUUUUCUUAUGAAUUCAGAUACAUUUUACAGAGAGUAUUAUUUCUCACACCCAUUUGGUAGCAAGUCUUGUCUUUAAAUUUUAUUCGUGAAGGAUGAGUAUCUCGGUUUUAAUGAAGGUCGGUCACUAACCGUCACUCCAGUAUUAACAUUUUGGCCUUCAAAAAUUAGUGCUCUGUAGCCGAUGGAUUUCAGUUAAAGCAUUUACACGCACUUUUUACCCGAGCUCAAGAAGGUUUGUCCCAUGAGAACACUUGCCACUGGUUUAUCCUCGUAAUUGUCAUGGUUAUUGAGGCACUUUGCAAAUUAAUUCCCACGCUGUUCAAAAAGUAUAAUUUAAAGAUAUGUUUAAAAUUAGUAGGCAAGGCCGUACACUCUCUUAAACUUCGGUAAGUUAAGAAAUUCGCCACCAGAACCCUCGCUUCUUCGGGAUGAAUUAAUGGGGCAAACAGCCCGUCAGCCCCCUUAUAUGGCAUGUUUGGCAGCAACCCUUGGAAUAUGUGACAAAAUUGUUGCCGAUCAAGACGGGAAGGGUUGGACUGACCGCCUCCGCCUUACCUGUCAUCACCGGGAGACCAGAUCUCAAACUCAGUCCGUUAAUUCAUUCUCUAGCAAUUCGUAGAAGUCAUUGCCUCUCCCAAGACGUAGUCUGCCGUAGAAGUUAUUGUGACAGGCCCUUACGUGGGGAGAUUAUCAAUGCAAAGUCACCGAGAUAAAAUCCCUGACUAGGACUCCCAAAAGCAAGUGUACCGAUAGCACAAUGUCUUCUGUAAACCAGUCAUACGUGCAAUAUUUGUACACACUGAUUGCCUGUGGGCAGCUUGUGAGUACUACGCGGUUAUUCCGCUGUAGCUGAUGAACUUCAGCUUAAAUGCUCAUAUAAACUUUUGAUCCGAGUCUGGAAAGGUUUGUCCUGAAGGAUUCGCUCCAUGUUUGCGCAUUACUUUCUAAGGAGAUUUGAAGACGUGGUCACCUGAGCAUGUCAGCACAGCUACCUAGGGACAGGGUUAUUUGUGAUGAAGUCUAUGUUUGCGUGGGCGAAAAUCAAAUUAAAAGCUCUUUCCUCAUGAUCGCAGGCGCACGGGAAGAUUUUAUGGGGAGUGCAGUCAGUACAUGUGUGGGGUAAGUGCCGGGAGCACUUCAGCGACGUCUAUGUUGGGACAAUUUUAUCUCCUCCAACUGAAAUAUCAGACGCCAGCGGUGCCACCGGCGCAUGGCAAACGUCUCUGUCAAUCAGCCAGUCCCAAAUGUCGCCUCCACCUAGCCACCGAGUGAGAUGAACAAACGGUUGACGCUGACGGCCUGAAAUUGCUGCUGGUUGGUACGGCAACUAAGCCGAAAGUGGCCACUUCGGCCUCCAUUGUCUUAGUCGGUAGCACUCAAAAUUCGCCUCUGCAACGUCUUCGAGGGCAUCCGGGGGACAUUCUACUCGAAGUGGCGACGAAUACGUAAUGCACUGAUCCUUCGUUAGGCGAAGAAGGCUUUUCGAACGUUAAAAUCAUAAAUUUAUCUAUAAGUGAAGAACAAGAGUCGAACACCGGAACACUUUGUUUAUUGUCCUGAGCCUUCAGACUCGUACAGGAGUCCAUCGUCAGAGGUAGCGGCAGCAGCGGAACAAGCGACAAUUAUAAGGCAUGCAGGCCAAUCAUCGACCGACGGCGCAAGACUGGAGGUGGUGACUACGCAGGGCUCUGGGCCUCGGAUGAGAACUCAGUCAAUCGAUUUAUCGGUCUGGCGCCGGUGUACAGAGCCCUGCGUAGUCACCUCCAGUCUUGCGCCGUCGGUCGAUGAUUGACCUGCAUGCCUUAUAAUUGUCGCUUGUUCUGCUGCUGCCGCUACCUCUGACGAUGGACUUCUGUACAAGUCUGAAAGCUCAGGACAAUAAACACAGUAUUCCGGUGCUCGACUCUUCCUCUUCACUUAUGCAUACACCUGGACCUCGAAAUUUCGCCUUCAUUCGUGAUAAAUUUAUCUGUCAGGGCUUCCGAGCCUGUCCUACCCGUGUUUCCUUUUGAAAUACGCUUCUAAGAAGUCAAGUACUGCAAUCAUACGCUUUCGAUUAUUCAUCAUCAGACCUGUAGCAAAAGUUAAACAGCCAAUAAACAGUCAGUAUGGGAGAGAGGGUUGAGUGGCGUUCAGGGGUCAGUGGUCAAAUUCUAGUUCUAGGGGGAGGGAGAGGGGUAGGGUAUUUGGCGACUAGCUGUCCCUGUUUCCUCGCUGUAACGCGACGUGGCGGGCGUGGGCACAUAUGCUGAGUUUGUCUUUGCCCAAGGGAGCCUUGGUGCUUGUACAAACACUAUGCGAGCACAAGGCCGGGUUGGCUAACCGUGUAGCCACUGGUUCUGCCGUCGCAAGCAUUCGCUAGCGCAGGAACUUGGUGUGUAUCGUCAAUGCUUCAUAGAUGACUCUGAAUGCUUGGUUGACGUCUAUUCGGUGACCGCUGUCAACCAAGUGAGCCACAAUUGCGCGUAAGAUGAACUUUUCCUCACUUUGAGUUUGCCAGACAGGAUGGUGCUCUCGCAUCUGCUUGGAUAGACGCCUAGUUGUUCUACCAAUAUAACCUUCCCCACUUAGAUUGUCGACCCUUUAAACUAUUGAAUCAUACAGGGGAGGAGACAGUUUGUUUGCCUCGCCUUCCGACAUAAGGUACAGAGGCGGAAACCUUUUAUUUGCUGGUUUUUUAUGGCAACCAUUUCUUUCUAUACAUCGACCCCCUCUCGUUUGCAUGUGUGUCCAUGAAACAGAAGAUUUGUGUCUAGACUUCACAAUACUAAUUCCGCCAGAACAUCCCUUCCCAUGACCCAUGUUCUCCACGCCCGCCUAUUGAUUUUCUGUGCGGAUUAGGGAAAAAAAUGCUACCUUGGUGUGAGCCGGAGCCACUUGAAUCAUGGUUUACUGGCCUCCAAUCCAUUGACGAGUACAAUGAUCUUCCCCUUCUAUACUCGGUACUGAGACUUCGCCUAGGCGGAGUAAUUAGCCGCAAGGGGAGCGCACAGGUGAACACUUCCCAACACUAGGAUCCGUGGAUCAGAUGGUAGAGCCAUCAUCACGCCAAUAUCCAACGCACGUGAUCAAAUUGCAACAAUUAAUGACGCGAAUGCCGGCCAUCAAACAAUUAGCACACCAAGUGCGACGAUCCCGGGUGAAGGAGGGAGCCGAGAAUGCUCAUAGGUAUGCAGUAGCAUGGCGACUGCAUCCUAGAAGUACUACAGUACCUUGUACAUGAACCACCCGUGCCUGUUUUUGUCUCUGACGAUGGGUUCGAGCAGGAAUCCGAAACGUCAGGCUAAUAAAACUCUUGUCUCAGCGAUCGUGUCUCCCUCUUCAAGGCUACCUUGGUGUACCGACGGCUUUUACACAAGCUGUCGACUUUGUUGGUGCUCGCAGCUUCUUGAUCUCCACUCCUGAAGGUACCGGCACUUUAGCAUUCUGAGAAACGGCCAGAUGUCUGUGCACAUUUUACAGAAACCCAUUAACGGACUGCGCUGUUGCGUCAAGCAAUAAUAUGCAUUUAACGUGCGUCAAACGGAGGUCUCACGUCCCGUUCAACCACUGGACUCAAUCUCUCUGCAUUUGCCACUUGUACAUAAAUAGGAGCGAGUUAGGCCGGUUCCACCUUUGAAUUCGUUAAUAUUAGUAAACCCAGUGCGCUAAAUACUGUGGCUUGGAGGGUUCUCAACUGAGGCAGUAGCCGAGUCAUCCACAGGACCGAAAGUCGGACUAGAGUUCCUCUUCGUUUUUAUCGCCUCCCAGGCCGCAGCAUCAUCGAUAAGAGAUUCGAGUGGCCCACUCACCUGCAGCGGCCAGCACGUGUGAGGCACGCGUAGACACUGAUUCGUUCGCGUGGGCCGCCGCACAGGCGCUGCGAAAGUCUACAAACUUAUUCAUUCUCGGGUCAUCACUGCACACCUAGGGCAGUGAUUGUCUCCAUCGGUGAGAAUGCUCUAACUACCAUGUAGUGCUUCGGAGCUGACUGAUAGGAUUGUUGUCCCCUCUCUGUACAGCGAAAACUGUUCCCCCUCGUGUUGGCAUAAUUGCCCUGCCUUGCCCCUUCUUCAGGACGCAAAAUCAUUGUUGAUACCUACGGCGGUUGGGGUGCACACGGCGGUGGUGCCUUCUCCGGCAAGGACCCCUCCAAGGUGGACCGUUCAGCGGCGUACGCAGCACGGUGGGUGGCCAAGUCCCUGGUCAAGGCAGGCCUCUGUCGUCGGGUGUUGGUGCAGGUUUCCUAUGCCAUCGGCAUAGCCGAGCCACUGGCCGUCUACGUAGACAGCUAUGGUACCGGCAAGAUGCCGGACUCGGAACUCCUGCGCAUUGUCCAUGACAACUUUGACCUCCGACCUGGCGUCAUAAUCAAGUGAGUUUUUGUCGUGUUUUUGCCAGCAUUUCUCAUCGCGUUGCCCUUUUACUUCUCUAUUGGUCUGCGACCGACUGCUAGUUUUGGUACCAAUUCACAUUGUGGAUCUUUAUACCCAGCCUCUAAUCCAGAGCAUCCAUAUGUUGUUGUGGUUGUGGGACGAGGAAUAGUUUCGGUACCACUGAUCCUCCACAUGCCUACUGAGAACUCACCAGAUCUGAUCGUGGUUUGCGGAACGCCAGUCGAAGACACCACCCACGAUAGGUCCCUGAUGCCAAACGCGUACCAUUUGUAAGUCGACAUUGCACAGAAGAAGCUCCGCAGCUGAAUGCCACAGUUUACAGUUCAAUCAUUGCCAUUUUGUGGAUCUUGUGGUGGGAACCACCACAAUUCCCGAGGAUGGUUCUACCCUCGUGCUCGGCAAGAAUCACCUGUUUAAAUGACAGCCAUUCGUAUGCUGGCUAGUUUGCAGGGAGAACAAACUGCACUGCCGCGUCACCAUCCCCGUUCCAAUGAGAUAGCAAGAUCAUAUCACCAAUCCUCGGGAUGAAAUCCGACGCAGCGCCCAACCGAAAUUUUUAGAUUUCACUCGAACAGUUUGUUUCGUCACAUUAGUUAGUGCCCCGGUGAUCAGUACUCACCGCGUAAUCGAGAAGUACCAUCUCUUCCAUUUAACUCAGACUAGAAGGAUAUCACAGGAGUAGGUUCUUUCGCAUAAGUUGGCGUUGGAGUAGCUGAGAACGUGCCAAUCGAGGUCUGCUGGGUAGCUAGGUGUAACUGCAGUUGUGCAACAGCAAGUGAGUUCUGUAAAAACGAUCAAUGAGUGCCCCUCCACCAUUGUACAUCCCGGAUCGAAUCCGACUGGACAACGAGCCGGUGGCCCAGUGAUUAGGGGCGUUGGGCUUCUCACAAAAAGGUCGUGGGAUCAAGCCCCAGGUGUUUCACCUCUCCGAGUUGGGUAUGACUGGCUGACGACGGCUAAUAAGCCAGAAAUGGCCAUUCCAGUCUCCAUUGUCUUUGUCGGUAAUAACAUUUUGUUUAUAUCAUGCGCCGCUGUGCGACUGGUGGUUGGACUCGAGAGAGUCCGUAAGAACGAUCGGUGAGCGCCCCCUACCACAGUCAUAUUACUGAAUCCCCAUGGGAGUGGAAGGGCAGAGAGGAGUAAGCCUUCCCCACUGACAGUUCGUUCGUCGCAGGCAACCACAACCAUCGCUUUUCUAGGAGGAGGCAGCAAUGAAAGGCGUGUGGGCUGGAUCGUAACGAAGCUGACUUGCGAAGCAUCUACCUCGACCCUUCUUACUACUCCACCGUGUUCCGGCGACAAGACGGCUGGAGGUAGGCAUGAAGUCCCGUCUGCGUGUGACACGCAAAGGCCAGUUCUCCGCUCUACAGGAUGAGGAUUACUGGAGCCCUUCAACCAAUGAGAGCUGCCACAGUGACCACAUUUACGAGCCAUUACAAUCCGACCCGCAGUCUAGAGGAGGACCUUAGAUCUCGUUAGCUGGUGACCUUCAAAGGCAUGGAUUUUAAAGUGCUAUGAUGGCCUGAAGACGCGUCAGAUUUAUCAGUAAAAAAACGAGUCUACUGCCAGUCUCUCUAUCACAUACAGUGGUUCGGCCGCCAGGGGCGACAGCCUCUAUCGUGCGUUCAACAGAAUGGCCGCAGCAUCGGUGACUUCCAUACGAAUUAGUUUACAGUAAGGCAGCAUUGUGCAGAAUCUACUGCACCCUUAUCACUUGCCCAUAGAAAGACGACGUCGAGACGAGAAAACGAAACGACCCGUCUACGCGUGCCGCAACGACCCUUUCGCACGACGAUUCUAAGGUCAAAAGCAAGAGGUCCACCGUGGCCCCGCGACGUCAGCGCAGCGAAGACUUCCACCACACCUACCUUUUUAUCGUAAAACGUACACAGACAUUAUACCUCCUCCCAUAACCCAGUCCACUCGAAAGUUAUUACUGCUCCCCGCCCCCUUUCGGUGGUGGUUGCACUCGAGAGAAAGAGAGCCCGUAAGGAACAACGGAAUGAGUGAGUUCCGUAAGAACGAUCGGUGAGCUCCCCUCUACCAGCGGCUGCUUUGUUUGCAAAUAUAAGCAGAGAAUGGAACCAUUGUACCGUUAUUAGUUCAUGUGGGUGGGCUCUGACCUUCCAAUCUGAGUUUGGCAGACCCAAGCGAUCAGGGGCCUCCUCACCCGUGCCGCUGACGUCCAACCUGAGAGUGAAGUCGCCUGAUCCAGGUCUCUGGCGGAAGAGGGUCAUCUGUCGCUGCCACCAGCCAGUGCUCUGUGUGUUCCGAUAUUUUUUGUCGGUGAGGCGCGACCGUAGGAGGUAUUCUCGAUCCAGAAACCAAUCAAGCACUAGACGACCGUGCAUUCCGCUGGCAGUCUCUGUGGUGCCCUAUGGGGGGAGGUAUGUGGCAUGCUUUAGUGAAUUGAGAGUCGCAUAGAAUUCCAGCUUGCGCCCCCCAGUUUAUCCAUGCCUCCGCGACACUGGUGAUCACGACAGUCAGUCAGACCCCCCGCUGCAUUUGUGCGAGGCCAGUUUCGGCCGUGACCAACCAGGGCGCAUCGGUUUUCAUGAUCCAGUCCUCCCAAAGAAAUAUCAGAAAUGACAAAAGGAGGAGGGCGUGAAUCCAAUUCUGUGUUCGACAUUUGCCCACUGGAGACCAAGUGGCGCACAUUUGGACUAUAAUGAUUAUCAAAAAGUCCUGAUUUGGAGUGUUGCCAGUCAGCGAGAUACCUCGACUCGCGGACUGAAAAUAUAGGUCACAGUGGCCUUUUUCCCCGUAUGACCUCAUGGUCGAUUUCGCCGGUAUGAACGAGGUCUGGUUCCUGUCGGUUUAAAGUACGCAAGGAUGUGGAAGCUGUGUAAUCAGCCACUGCUUCCAGUCCUUUUGCCCUAGUUUCCACACCGUACUACUGUUUAACUGCGGUAAAGGAGGUUGAAACUGUAGAUACUUUCGCUAAGGAACCUCCAUUUCAGAUGGUUCGCUCACAUUUUGCCGACCCCAAAGGAAAGGCCGUCUGCGGCAUCCUAGUUGGUGCCGCCUCUUUAGUGAUUAACUGGGAAGUCGAUUAGGCUAAUUAAAACCUAGACAAAAUCACAGGAUACUUCAGUCACUUCAGGAUGCCGACUUUUCAUUUUGAAUAAUUCAUAUUGACCCAACUGUGAAAAACGGCGCCUCAGUGGGAUUCGAAUCCACGCAGUAAGGGGAAGGCUUUAGUACAGCCAACGCUCAACGCGAGUAACUUAACCCAAAUGUGAUUAAACUCGCGUCGUCCGGCGGGGCCUCGUAGCUCAAGUGGUUGAAGCGUUGACAGCCACCCCUCGCCCCCGUGGGUUCGAAUCCCCACUGAGGUGCCGAGUUUUUCACAAUUGGGUCAAAGUGAAUUAUUUGAAAUCUGCCAUAACACCUGCUCAUUUUCUCAUAGUCCCUCCCUGUGUGUGUUGGUUGUUUUCUCGUCCUGUGAAGUCGGUAGCAUGAAUUCUCGUCGGGCCGGUACAGUCAUACGAGAACGGGGUACAAGUAAAACGUGCGGGUGGCAAGAAAAAUAAAUUACACUUCAUAUUGAACAAACUGUGAAAAACUCGGUGGGAUUCUAACCCACGCAGUAAGGGGAUGGCCCUAGUACAGCCAACGCUCUAACCACUUGAGCUACGAGGUCCCACCGGGUCAAUUUACCCGCCCAACCUACUGCAAGGUCUGAAAUCCACCAAAUCUGAUACAGUAAGUUGACUGCCCAAGCAGGAUUUCCUAAGUAAUUCACCUAGAAUCCACCAGAUGACUACCAGGUUUACGUAAUUCAUAGAUAUUUUGGCAGACUUGAAUAAUUCAUAUUGAUCCAACUGUGAAAAACUUGACGCAGUGAACUUACUGUAUCAGAUUUGGUGGAUUCCAGACGUUGCAGUAGGUUCAGCGGGUAAAUUGACCCAAAUGGGAUUAAACUCGCGUCGUCCGGCGGGGCCUCGUAGCUCAAGUGGUUAGAGCGUUGGCUGUACUUAAGCCUUCCCCUUACUGCGUGGGUUCGCAUCCCACCGAGGCACCGAGUUUUUCACAGUUGGGUCAAUAUGAAUGUUCAAAUUUGGUUGCUUGAAGAAAGAGUUUCUUUCGGUUUUCAGAAUAAUUUUUUGUUCUACCUGCCCUUACGCUUGCAUUCACGGUUUUCAAACCACAUGCUGCACACAUUCCGUCAAAGGAAUAUCAUUCACUUCUCUAUGCCUCUAGGAAGACGUCACACGGGACUCAUAAAAUUGUGCAAUGGAUAUGGACCAGGUCGUAGCAUUUAUAAACGUGCGGAUGUGGUGCUGUAUCAAUGGACAUUUCUCGGUCUUUAAAUAUCUCGUAAUUAGAAACUUGAAACUGAAAGACACCCUUUCUUUGAAAAUAAAAUGUAAAGAAGACGAAAUUUUCUACCAAAUUAGUGCAGUUAAAAUAUUUCUUGCACACUUUUUCUCUAAACUAUGUCUGAAUUUAUUGAAAGCAUCAGAAGUAGUGGGGAAAAGUCAUGCUACUUAAGUGGCCAUUGCAGCGUUUGUGGACGGUCAAAAAGAAGCCCAUUCAAAGGCCGACAUCUUGAUGUGACUGAAAUAUCUUGUGUUAAUGCUGCACAAUGAUUAAUAUUACAACCCUAUUUACGUGGUCUUUUCAAAUCGAAGUCAUAUUUCAGAAAAUCGGUUAACAUUUCAUGAGAUAUCACAUCUACUGCACGUUGUCCGAAAGUAUUCUACCACUCUAAUGUUGCCACUGGUUCCCUGACGAUGUGACCACUGUCCUCGCCCUAGUUAGGUGCCAAAACUCGUGAAACAGUUACCGAACUUCUAGCAGCUGUGUGGCUGCUGGCGGGGCUCGGGAGAGAGAGCUCCGAGGCACAACGGGACGAUGAGUUCCUUAACCGGAUUGGUGCGCGCCCCUCUACCAUUGUUAUUAUACCCUAUUCCAGCUGACAGGACAAUGGACCCCUGGCUCAGUGGUUAGGGGCGGGUCGCGAGUUCGAAUCUCAGGGUUAGGUAUGGCUGACUGAUGAAGGCUGACAAGAUAGAUAAGGCCGUUCCAGUGUCUAUUGUCUGCUGUUUAGUGACAAUACUAGGAUAAAUUAGUGUAUUUCUAUGUAGAAGGUGGACUUUCUGGCAAAUUUUUGAACGCUACUCAGUCCACUCCUGAAACGAUCCCCACUUGAGUAGUGCAUAUAAUUCCGAUUUAUUCUCUGCAUCUUAUUGAAAUCUAUUAUACUUGAAGAAGGGGCCACACGAGUGUCCUCACAAGAGCUUUCUCUCCUGUUUCUCGUAUAAUAUUUGACAAUUACGGACUUCGUCAAAUCCGAAGCACGUUCUUUAAAGUGGCAAAUAUUCACAUACUUUCCUGCAAAAUGAGUUUAAAGCUGAAAUCUUAGAGCGUCAUAUGUUUCGGCUUAGGAAACUCAAAAGUCACUGAAAAACUGCACUAAAACUGCACCUUCUCCCACUUGUUAGGGGCGGGCUCAAUAAAGCUACCCUGUGCGCAUUGCGCUGGACAAUUGUUAUUAUUGCCGGCCUACUUGAACAGUCGAUCUGUUGAGAUCAGUUUGAGUUCUUGCAGUACCACUGGCAGACUGCAGCAUUUUGACGCAGGUGUGUACCACCCCUGGUGGUGGUGGUGGUGGUGGUGGUUGUUGUCUUGAUUCAAACAAAAGUCCCUGUUUCUGUCUCCGCAGGGAGCUGAACUUACAGAGACCCAUCUACCAGAAGACGGCAGUGUACGGACAUUUUGGUCGAAGCGAGUUCCCCUGGGAAGUACCCAAAGUCCUCCGAUUCUACCCUCGCGACGAGUUGGACAAUUAG